UAUCUGAUAUUGAGAAGUGAGUAUGUUCUGUCUGGUUUGCCAGAUUGGAUGUGCCCUCUGGCCAGUGAGCCGUGUUCUGAUUAUGCUUGCGUUUUUUUGGCUGCUGUCUCUGUAGUUCUAUUCAGCAAUUUGUCCAGGCUCAUGUCUGCUCUGUAUCCCACACACAGGCUGCUGAGGCUACAAAAUAACUAAAGGAUUACUCAGUUAAUGAAGAAUUUAACAAGCCACAGUGACAUCUGAAGUGUUUUCCCACACGAUUUUUUUAAGGAUGUGUCCCUGUGCACCCAUGUAGAAAGCUUACUAUUUACUUAAUGAAUGAAUGAAUGAAUGAAUGAACUUAUAACUCUCAGAAGACUGACUCGUGUAGCAAUUCGAUUGUUUAUAAGCCAUUAACCAACCAGAGAAGCAGAUUAUAGCACUUAUGACUGAACACCCACAGUUGCUAGAGCUAAAUCUCUAGCAUAAUCCCCCUACCCCCUAUUCACACACACACACACACCCACACACACAAAGUUUGUACAGUAAAUGGUGGCUGUGAUCCUAGUAUGGAGCUUUGCUUUGUUUAUGUGUGUGUUGUGUGUAGAAGGGAGUAUGGGGUAGUGGUUGAUUGUCUAUUGGUCAGCCUACAUUUCACUUGGCUUGUUGUCCUGAGUUGCUGGUGGGAAUGCUAUAAGAUUCUCAACUCCAGAAGGAUCUGGUGUUCAUGGGACUCUUUUAAAGCUUUAAUGCAUUCUAACAGGAUAGAGGAAAAGCACAAAUGUACUUGUAUCUAAUGCUAAAUGAGCACAUGUUUAUUUGCAGAACAUGAAAAUGAAGGAAUAGCAAAAUCUUAUGCAACAACUGUUUGGUAAGUGAGAUUUUUUUUGUAAGUCAUUAACAGUCCUUGGACUUUGGUCUCAUUGUAGGUACUCUGUAUUAUCAUGUCUGUUGUUUUACAAGGGUUUCUUCUGUCAGUAUAAAUGGUACAUUAUUUCAUUUUUGGGGAUGUAUUCUAAUACAUAAAAACUCUAUCUGUUUAUAUAAAUCAGGUCUUAUAACGGACCUGCCAUGGCAAAAAACGUUUAGGUGUUUAAUUGUCCUCCUUUACUUUAUUAUCUUUCCAAUUUUUUUUUUGCCGAUUAUAUAUUCGGUAAUCACCUAAAAACAAAAACCUUUAUCUUUUUUAAAACUUACAACUGGCUAUUUGGUCCUGAUUAAAAACUAAGCUUAACCAUUUGAAAAUAGAUUUUCACAUGAUCUGCUUUUCAAUUUAUGCCAAAGAUGAUCUCCUGUUUCAUACAUAGAGUUUUGGUGCAUUAUGGUCAUUUGGUGGCUUGCUCUGUCAUCUAGAUAUCUGGUGGAACAGUACUCGAUAACUCAGUCAACCGUUUACACUCUUCACAGUUGUGGAUAAAAUAGUAGACACCUGAUUCAUCUUCUUUUCCUUUGGACCAACACUUUACUGCUUUUUCGAUUCAUGGGAAACCUGCAAACAAGUACAAAGAAUGCCCUGUUUUAUAUAUCAAUAAGUUGUUCUGCCUUUUCCUGUAAUCACAAAACUUGAAGCUACUGUAGAAAGAAUGUGACAAGAUGAACAGAUCACAUUGCUCGACACACAGUACCAGCUUUCACACUUGACGUCACGUGGUUUGGUAGAAGGUGGUUCUUUGGACUGCUCACAGGCUUAGAAAUAGCUUUUAUAUUUCACCAGUGUACCAAAAAUCCUGAAAAAAAAGUUGCUUGCUGUAAAUACUGCAUUGGGAAAUUACCAAUUGAUUUGAGCAUUGACAGUCAAACUGUUUCACUGAACUUGUUCUCUGUCUUAGAUGAUUUUAUGAAGAUUUUUACAUUUUGUAAUGCCUUUUACAUUUUAUAUGUAAAUUUUACAUACCGAUCUGUCCACGAAAAUUAGUCAGUAGUGUAGUAUUCUAAAACACCUUCAUUUUCCUGUGGAAAACACCUUCAUUUUCCUGUGGAAAACACCUUCAUUUUCCUGUGGAAAACACCUUAACACUAAGUUUCAUAUUAACUAGCAUGUGGAAAUGUCAAAAUCUACACUUAUAUGAGCAGUUUCUCUUCCCUAAUGCUGUACAGGAACAAAGGAUAUUGUAACACAAGCAAUGCCUGCAGAAAGUGACAUACACAUGGCUAGGAACUUUCUAAUGAAGAUUGUGCAGAGUUCUAUGAGGAAGAACCGGGCCAAAGGGAAGAAUGAACCUUUAUGCAGACCUCAGUCCUGGCAUUCUUCCAACAUCUCCGAGAAUUCCUCAGAAGUUCAUGAGAUUGAAGAUAAUGCUGUGCUUGAACCUGUGUGGCAGACAAAGUGUGAUGCAGAUUCAUCAUCAAAUGACUUCAUUGGUUGUUGGAGCCAGACAAAUUUGCAGCGUGUGUCAUGCCAGUUCAGCUCAGUGGGCAACAUGGAACUUCUAGAGCACUCCUCUAACUCACCUUACAGUGAAGCAGAAAAUUUUGCAACCACAAGAGUUGUUGAUAAUCAUAACUCUGGAUUUAGGGGAUUUUCUUCUUGUACACCUGAACAGUGUUUGUCAGAAAGUGCUUCCACAACAGAGUGCACGUUUUUCCAGGGUAGCCAAAAGGAACACCGCAAGUACCUACAGAUUCCUGUGAGUAAUAAAGGGUGUAUCAGCCCUAAGAUUGAGGACCAGACCGGCUCCAGAUUCUACUCCUCUGGGAGGUUAAAUAUUAACCCUGUGUGGCAUGUUCCAGAGACAUCUUCAGUGGCUUACUCAUCAUCUCCAUCAGCUCCAACUUUACACAAUGACCGUUUCAUGACAACUAAAGUUCAUGAGACGGGACUAGGCAUCCCAUACUCACAUGGACAACCUGCACAUUCCCAUCAGAAAUCCUAUAGUAGAGUUACAGGCAGGCAGGCUGAUGAUUACAAUUUUAGUCAACAAGGACUCCAAUCACAACACAGCUACAACCCAACAUUUAAGAAAGAUUUUCUUCAGGUACACCCAUCAGCUGCGGACUAUUGCUCAAAUGAGCUGAAUACCACAAAGCUUUAUUCCUUAUCUAGUACUGAUGUAAGAGAAGGUCAGAACCCUUUUGCUUGUCAGCCUCAACACCAACGGCAGCGUAGUGAUGAAAGUCCCUUUUACCCUUAUACCAAGAGCAGGUUUGCACCCAAAAUGCAGAGUGAGGGCAUCUACUACCGCAGCCUGCAAAAUCUUCCCACUAAUAAGGGUUUCCAGAAGCAAACUGGAAGUGCAACUGGGUCUUUGUCUAGCACAAAUAUUGACAACAGCUCUGAUGGAAUGGCUAAUUAUCGGUACUAUUGCAUUACUUCUGAAGAGCCCACACAGGAGUUCUCAGAUGGGGUUGAAGAGCAUAAAUGUAGGCCAGAAUCAAAGCCAACCCACGGUAGCAGUGACAGGAACCCCGCAAACUAUCUAAGAACCAUAAAAUUAAAGUACCCUCUAACUUCUUUGCAGGCAUCUGAGAACAAAAGCUAUAAACAUACAGUCAGUCCUCCAAAAUUAGAAGCUUCAGGUCCAGCAACAGUGAAGACUAACUCUGUGAAAAAAGAGAAGGAAAAUAAAUGGAGGAAGGAUGGAUCAAUUUCUGAGAACCAACACAGCAACAACAUAGUGACUCAACAGGCAGAACAGAGCUAUUUUACCAGAGAACAUAAAGAUACCCAAAAUGGCCCUUGGAUAUCCAAGAAUGGACAUAAAAUCUGCCCUCAGAAGACCCCAUUGUUACAUUCUUUAGCUCAGGAGAACAGGAUUCUGGUUGAGAGUACCACGAUCUCAACAAAAGGGUGCUUAACGCAAGAAAAACCUGACCCUAUUAGUGGCAAGCAAGGAAGACGAAGUGACCGUUAUGCCACUAUUUUGCUCAAUGAGAUUCAAGAAAAGAGAGCCCAGCUGCAAAAGAGUCGGAGUGCCGCUACCUUAAAUUGUCCAGGUGAAUUUGAGGAGGAACUAGGGGCCUGGAAGUCCACAGAGACAUCAACAUCCUCUUCAGACGGAUCUUUUACAAGCACCUACAAGGACCACCUGAAAGAGGCACAAGCCAGGGUUCUACAGGCCACAUCCUUUAAAAGGAGAGAUCUGGAGCUCUCUGGGAAUGAAACAUUUCAUGGUCAUUUAGCCACAAAAUCAGAGUCUAACAAUGGAAAUGUCUCCCGCAUUGGAAGUCGAAAACGUUUCUCCCUGGACAAAAGGGUCCAUUCUUUCUCAGAGCCUGACAAGAUCAAUGAAGUAGGUGUAGGAGACAAAACCUCAGAACAAGCAACUCUUGGAUCUUUUGUAGAUACAUUUAGGUUCUUUCAAGGAGCUUCUAGACCAACAUUUUCCAAACCCAUCCCAAAGAAUUCCCAAUUCAACCCCAGUGAAAGCAUCACUGGAGGAGAAAACAGGUUUUCUUUGCUAGUGGAUGAAACUGAGAUAAAGUCUGCAAAGAAACAGCUGUUCAGUUCAAACAAAUGUUACACCACGCCUGAAGAGCAGCAGCGACUGGGCACUUUUGCAGAAUAUGAGGCAACAUGGAACUUGCAAAAGAAGACAAUAGGAGGAAGAACAUCCAGCAGAUAUCACUCUGCGGAGAACAUUUUGGAUUCAGGGACAGAAGAAGGCAGCAGUACAGUCUGCAUUCAUGAAAGGUCCAGAUCCUCUCCUUCAGCAGACUUUCAUGGGGAAAAAAUCAGUCUGUCAGCAGAGAAGCCGUUGGUAGCAACUCAUCCAGAAAACAUACUAGACCCAGAGACAAUUUAUAGUAACAGUAACCUGAUGGAGAACGCAACAGAGCCCAUCUCUGCUGUUAAAAACAUUCCUAUGAGGAUUGUCCAUGCAGAAGGCAGCUCUGAUACAGAAAAUAAGAAUGAUCUGGUUCCCAAUGAGUCACCUGGUGGUAUUGAUAAAGGUUUUACACACCAACUAAACCUACCCUGCUCUCCAGAGCAGCCUCCUUCCCUUUUCCAGGCCAUGCAAUUCAGUUCUUCUGAGGUCCAGAAGAUGGAAAACACAGAGACAGCGAAGCUGGGUGCAGCUCCUAUUGGCCUCUCUGAGGAGGAUGAGAAGACAGAAGAGUUAGCCAGAGACAUCAUGGGAAUGGAUAAGAGUCUGGUAGACAUUUUGGAUCAGAGCAAGAUGAAGACCACUAUGGACCUAAUGGAAGGGAUCUACCCUCAAGGAGAACAGAUUCUAGAGGGUCUACAGCAGAGGAGAAAAUCGGCUUCAAAACAGUCUCCUAAAACUACACCAGAGAAAGCCGAUGACAAAAUGGCCGCAUCCACCUCCCUAGCAACGAGCUCUUCAUACUACAAUACGUCAGCUCCUAAAGCCGAGCUCCUGAUUAAGAUGAAAGACAUGCAAGAACAGAUGAAGGACCAGGGCUCUGAAGAUGAACCUGAAUAUGAUCUGUCUAGUAAAAAGCAGGAGCUGAUUGACAGCCUGAGCAGGAAACUGCAGGUACUACGUGAGGCCAGAAAAAGUCUUCUGGAGGACAUGCAGGACAACAACACCCUGGGUGAAGAAGUGGAAGCCACAGUGCAGGCCAUUUGCAAGCCUAAUGAGCUGGACAAGUUCUGCAUGUUUGUCGGAGACCUGGACAAGGUGGUCAGCCUACUGCUGUCACUGUCGGGGAGACUGGCACGUGUUGAAAAUGCUCUUAAUAACCUGGAGGAUGGUGUUUCAGCUGAUGAGAAGCACACACUAACAGAAAAACGAAAGCUCCUGAUUCGCCAGCAUGAAGAUGCCAAGGAGUUGAAGGAAAACCUGGACCGAAGGGAGCGCCUGGUCUACGAUAUCUUGGCCAGCUACCUGAGCGAGGAACACCUUGCUGACUACCAGCACUUUGUUAAGAUGAAGUCGGCACUCAUCAUUGAGCAAAGAAAGCUUGAGGACCGGAUAAAAUUGGGAGAGGAGCAGUUAAAGUGUUUGAAGGACAGCCUGCCUCUGGAGCAGAGACUGGGCUACUAAACUUAAUUCAACUUCAUUUAUUUUGAAAGGUGACAGGUUGGCAUCUUGACUGUUCUAUAAAUAUGCAAGUAAUCUGCGAGGAAUUUACUCAGUAAAUAAAAAUAAUAUAUGUGUGUGUGUGUGUGUGUAUGUGUGUGUGUGUGUGUGUGUGUGAUGCAUUAUAGUUUAUUGUUCUGGAUUGCUGUGUCUUUGCAUCUUUUGAGAGGAAUAGGUCAGUGUCAAAAAUUAUAGAGAUUUUUUUACUGCAUUUAUUGAAUUUAUUUACUGCAUUUAUUGAAUUUAUUUACUGCAUUUAUUGAAUUUCCCUGUUAGAAAAGAAAGGACAAGAAGUCAAGAGGUUAAUGCUGAGGUCUGAGCUAAGAAGCUGAAUUCUGUCAAAUAUUAUGAAUUCAAAACUACAGCUGUAACACUCUCAUAAUUCAAUUCUUAGGAUUGGAGGGGUUUGAGAGAAAGAAAGCUUGAGUUUUAUCCAACAUUAGAGCAGUGAAAUGCUUUAGGUUUUCGCAUAUCCCAGGUUAUUAUGAGCCUGGGGUCAGAGCGCAGGGUCAGCCAUAGUGCGGCACCCCUGGAGCAGGUGAGGUUAAGGGCCUUGCUCAAAACCAUCACGUCCUCAAACAGCACGUCCUCAACAUACCUCAGAAAUGUUUUUGCGCCUGUAACUACAAUAACUUUAUGUAAAUGUCCACUGUAAGUUAGUUUAAAAGGGUUUUUUCUUGCUUUCUUACCACAGAGAAAUUUGGUGAAACUGUCCAUAGAAAUUGACACAUACUGUACAAUACAGAUGUAGUAGAUAGAAACAAAAAUGAAACCUCAUGACUGAGGGUGUGCAUGAUUUGUUAUUUAGCCUCUUCCUUCUUGAUAUAUCCUUGACAUACUUUAGCUGGUACAUUUAUAAGCUCUGAGAUUUUUAUUUUUUAUUUAAUUUAAUUUAAUUUUUUUUUUUUUUUUUUUUUUUUUUUGAGAAUGACCUGAAUGAAGUGGAUAAACUUCAUUUUAACAAUAUUGCUAUAUAUUGUGAAUUAAUAAAAUAAUAACAAUGUUUAUAAAUUAGUAAGUAUUAUAUUACAGAAUCUAAACCAUUGAAGGUGUAUAACUGCAUAUUUAUGUAGCUAUAUUAAUUUUUGCACUGGACUGCUGCCAGAUAAUUGGCUUAUUGCAAGCUGUAAAUUCUAUGAAUGAGCAGAGGUGCUGGCCACUAUUAAAUUGGCCAGUAGAAUAUGUAGAAUAUUUUAAGUAUGAAGUAGGUCAUGGCCUAUUUUAAGUAUGAUGCAACCUUGUUUCUUCCUUACAGUUGACUCCAAAAUUUUCUAAAAACUUCCCGGAGCUCUGCAUAUGACAGAGUCUUAAAGGGACAAGCUUCAGUCAAGUUACUGUGCAACCACAACAGACAUAGCACUUUAUUUAAGAUCCUAACGCACAGAUGAUGUACUCCACCAUCAACAUAAAACUCUGAACACGCCAAGCAUGAACUCGUGUAUUUCAAAUUUCAGCAUUAAAUGGGUGAUUAAGUAUUUUGGUAUUUUUUAAUUAGCACUUACAAAAAAGGUCUUGUCUGUUUGCUGUUCUUACUAAAUUACCACCGCGAAAGAGUUUUCGGAUUGACAGUAUUACAGUAUUCUUAGUCUGUGAUCUAGUAAACUAGUAGCAGAAGGUAUUUAUUGACAGAGACUUUGAAGUACUUUUGUAAGUCACUCAAACUAUAAAUGAAUUUUGUGUACAUUUACGUUAUGUAGACUUCCUAAAAAUGCCACACCUUUGAAACAAAUAAACUUUGUGUGACUUAUCUCAUAUGAUUUGUCAGAAUUA